AUGCGCCUCAUCAACGUCCAUACCCUCGAGAUCCAGUCCUUCUCGGGUACAAACAUCCCGCAAUAUGCCAUUCUGUCGCACACGUGGGGCACAAAGGAGGCAACUUUCCAGAAAUGGACCAACAAAUGGUCCCGAUUGACCCACAAGCAUACCUCCGGCUACCACAAAGUUCUGGCCACGUGCAAACAGGCCCGCCAUGACGGUCUCAAGUACGCAUGGGUGGACACUGGGUGUAUCGACAAGUCCAGCUCGGCCGAGCUAUCAGAAGCCAUAAAUUCCAUGUAUACCUGGUACAAGAAGGCAACGAUAUGCUACGUUUACCUCUCCGAUCUCGCCGCAUCCGAUACAUUCGAUUCCCUUCGAGAAGGCAGGUGGUUCACCCGUGGCUGGACCCUCCAGGAGCUCAUCGCCCCUGACAAUGUCCAGCUCUACACCAAAGACUAG